AUGUUGGCAAGUGGAGGCACUGCUCCAUUGCACACGGCUACAUUUCUGGCCCACGCGACUGGUCACGACAAAGAAGUAGCACACGAACGCCGCCUGGCACUGGCGCUCGACAUUGACCAAGCGGCUCGCAUCCUGCUGCAAAAUCCCGCCCUCGAAGACAAGGAUGGCAACCGGAAACCCGAGCAUUGUCCCUUUGUAUGGAGGAACAGUGCAUGGACCCGGGAGCCGACCUAUCGGGCAUACAAAGAUGGAGGAUUACUCGAAAGCGAAAAGGUGGUUCCUACCGUCCCUUUUCGGGUUCUUGACGCUCCGAACCUCAAAGACGACUAUUACUGCUCCGUCCUCGCCUACAAUCAGACCUGUCACUCCUUAGCUGUCGCACUGGGCCAAAAAGUCUAUCUCUGGACCGAACAGUAUGGCGUGCGCUAUCCACCACUCCCUCCUUGCCGACCUGCCGAUUUUGUGACUUCUCUAGCUUUCUCAUCUGAGAAAGGGGCCAAGGCGAUAUUGGCAGUCGCCAGGAACAGCGGGACUAUCACAUUAUGGAGUUUGCUAGAGAUUAGGCCACGAUUCGAUGCGCCUCAUCCUUGCGCAGCGUCCUGUGUGUCGUUCAAACCUGUUCAAACCCAGCGACCGUCUGUCACAGGGAAUGGCACAGUCAUGUGCGAAGACUUGGUCGUCGGCGACGACUCUGGCAUGAUAUACUACUAUUCUUUGGAGUGGCCCGAAUUUGCUCCUGGAUCAAUGACGCUUCUGGCCAAACUUGACGCCCACAGCCAGAACAUCUGCGGCAUCUCCUGGUCACUAGACGGCAGGCACUUUGUCUCUGGUGGCAAUGACAAUCGGGCUUUACUUUUCGAUCCGUCAGUCUUCCUCCACGCAGACCACCAGAGAAAUAUCUCCCCGAGUACACCUAGCUCCACGGCAGACAUGUUUGAUGACUCCAGCUUUUCGACGUCUCAGCUUCCCACACCCCCGGAUACGCCGCAGAGAUAUCGAUCGGCAAGUCACCGAGAAUCGUCCAACUUCGAUAGAGGAUCAGCCAACGAUAUGCGCGAUACUGACCUAGCAACACCACCUCCAUCCCCUUUGCGUCCCAGCAGAGUAGUCGAUCACUCUCCAACCAUGCAAGACCUCAACCCGCCUGGUGACCCCCAGACUGCUGUUCCGUCGAAUGAGUCUGUUCUUCACAACGCGCUCGUGGAUCCCGUCAUUCCUGGAGAUUCUAAUCUUCACAUCCAUUCCUUUGAUCACGCAGCUGCUGUCAAGGCCAUCGCAUUUGCUCCAUGGCAGCCGAACCUGCUGGCGACUGGAGGCGGAAGCAAUGAUCGCCAGAUUCAUUUCUUUCACACAGGAUCAGGUGCAACUCUGGCCCUGAUCAAUGUCUUCUCCCAAGUCACUAGCCUGGUGAUAGCUGUUUUCAGCUGGCCGACCUGUGAAUGCGUGGUGAGUAUUCCCUGGGAAAGAAGACAGAAUGGCGAGAUCAGCCGUGCACUAUGGGCAAUCCCUUAUCCGGGCGGACCGAAUGAUGCUAUACCCAUCCGAAGACAAGAUGGGUCUAAUGGCGAAUUUUCGACAUGGGAAGGAGUUCGAGAAACCGAGGCCGAGCGAAGAAGAGCCGCUGCAAGAGCAGUGGGGACGGUCGGUCCUCGAGUUCGUCGCAGUCCAGCCCCAAGUCCCGAGCGAAGUAUCUUCCCAGUGAUACGCAGAGGGCAUCCGGGCAUGGGUGCUGAGGAAUUUCUGACAGAUGGUUACAGUGGCGAGAAUCGACGCGAAGGCGAGCGAUGGGCAAGCCGGACAGAAGACGAAGGCAGCCUCAUCAUCGCAUGCUGUGACCACACUGUCAAGUUCUUUGAGAUUUGGGCAGGGAAAAGUAAAGGAAAGAAAGUGUAUGGAUUGGGUCAGCGGGCAGGUGUGCUGGGCGGUAGUCGUGUUCUGGAAGGUUGGUGUGACAAUCUUGGUGUGGAUGAGAUUGGAUAUGGGGAGGACGUUAUCCGGUAG